AUGAGAUCAUUAGCUUACUUUAAGACAGGUGAUAUUCAUUUUACUGACAAGAUUGAUACUCCAAAGAUCAAUAAUGAUCAUGAAUUGAUGAUCGAUGUGGCAUGGUGUGGUAUUUGUGGUACCGACCUGCAUGAGUUCUUAGAAGGUCCAAUUUUCAUGCCAAAGGAUGGAGAUACACAUUAUCUUUCCGGACUUGAUCUACCGCUACCAAUGGGUCAUGAAAUGUCAGGUAUUGUGAAGGAAGUAGGUAAGGGUGUGACUCGCUUUAAGCCUGGUGACAGGGUUGUUAUUGAAGCUACCACAAGUUGUGGUGAUACUCACCGUUGGCCAAAGUCUAAAGUCGCUAAAGGUGAACUAUGUCCUGCUUGUGAAAUGGGUUUACCAAAUUGUUGCACACACGGUAGUUUCCAAGGUUUAGGAUCUGUUGGUGGUGGUUUUGCCGAACAAGUUGUUGUUGGUGAAAAGCAUGUUGUUAAAAUUCCAGACAAAUUGCCAUUGGAUGUUGCCGCUUUGGUUGAGCCUUUGUCUGUCGCAUGGCAUGCCGCUAGAUUAGCCGAAUUCAAAGAAGGCUCUAAUGCUUUGGUUUUGGGUUCUGGUCCAAUUGGUUUGGCCAUGAUUCUUGCUUUGAAGGGUAUGAAAGCUGGGAAGAUUGUGGUUUCUGAGCCUGCCAAAUUGAGAAGAGAACUAGCUGAGAAAUUGAAUGUCGUUGUUUUCAACCCAACUCAUACAAGAGCACAAAAUGCAAUUGAGAAAUUGAAAGAACUAUCUCCAAAAGAUCACGGUUUUGACUACACCUUUGACUGUUCUGGUGUUCAGGAUACAUUCAAUGCAGCAGUUAAAGCUGCUUGUAUUCAGGGUCACAUUGUGAAUGUGGCUAUUUGGGGUCCCAAACCGGUAGCCUUCCAUCCAAUGGAUAUGACCUAUGGUGAGAAGAAGCUUACUGGUACUAUGGGCUAUGUUACCAGAGAUUUUGAGGAAGUUGUUGAUGCCAUUGAUAAGGGAUAUAUUUCCAUUGAGGAGUGUAAGCUAUUGAUUACUGGUAGAGUUAAAUUGGAAGAUGGUAUGGAGAAGGGGUUCCAUGAAUUGAUUGAGCAUAAGGAAACUAAUGUCAAGAUUUUGUUGACCCCAAAUAAUCAUGGAGAGUUACAAUGA